GCUGAGUGUUGCCGUGGCUCGUACCACACCAGAGAUCCGCGUAACGUUCAGCGACGACACACCAAAAGCGAAUUUCUUCUCUGGUCUGAGAAUGGGUGGUCAUCGAGGUUCACCGUAUGAAGCACCGGAAAACACUAUAGAAGGAUUCGCAAUGGCAAAACAAUCGAAAUGUGAGCUGGUGGAGUUUGACGUGCAUUUGUCGGCAGAUGGUGUCCCUGUACUAAUUCACGAUGAGACGACCGGCCGCACGUCUAGAGAGGACGUGAUUAUCAGACAAGUUGCUGCAAAAGACAUUAAGAACAUCCCGUUGAAAAUAGUUAG